AUGAAGCACAGUGUGCUCCCCAGCUUGCGGGUUGAGCACCUGUCUGCCUUCAUCCUGGCCCUGAACAUAGCUAAUGCUUCGCACGUCGCGGUCCUCCUCCUUUUCGAGGGAUCGCUUCUGUUUGCUUCCCCUCUCUAUGCGAGCUUCGUUUUGAGUCGAGUGUUGCUGGGGCUCUUCACACAGGAGGUCCAUCUUCACGUCCUUCUGAGCUCUGCAGUGACCAUCCUGGGUCUCUGCUGCAGCCAGUUUUCAAGCCUGCUGGCAAUCAUCACCUGCCUGCUGCUGGAACUCACAGCAGUUGUUAUCCUUUCCGGCGGACCCUGCAGCCACGAAGAGGCCAUCGUGCACCUGGCACAGUGCCGGCUGCAGCAUCAGCUGACACGCUCGCAGGCCUCACAGCGCUUGGAUGUGGCCAGAGAGGAGCUCAGCGGCCAGCUCUUGGCCAUUGCAACAGAGGGAAUUGCUGAGCUCACGGCCUCUGUGCAACAUGCUUCCGAGCCAGUUCUCAACAUGUUGAAGUCCUCGUGCGCCACGGGGACAAAGUCGGCCUCCGAGGCCGAGCGAAUUGGUCGCAUUGGUGAGGCACUCCAGGCUGAGGUGGCAGACCUCCUCCGUUUUAAGACUUCCACGACCUGGGAGAGGCUCCAGGAGCGCGCGAGAACUCGCCUGCAACAGCUUCAGCGCGAUGCGCAAGCUCAGCAGGCUGCCUCCGAUGCAAUGCUCCGAUCUGUGCAUCAGGGGAUUGGAAGGUCACUGGCCGAGAUUCAUAAGCUGGAGAUGGAGGCUGAAGCUUCGAUGGCCCAAAUCGUUCAGAGCGAGGUCAAUCGUGCCAUGGAGAUUGCAGACGCCCGCAUGGAUCUUGUGCGGCAAUCUGCGCAGGCCAUGGAGCGCCGCGUCUCUGACACAGUGGAGGUGCUCCUGUCUUUGCUGAAGUACUUCCGCUCGAAAGGUAGCUAUGGAGAGCAUGUGGCCACCGCGCGCGCACGGCCACGCCAAGGCCCCACAGAGGAUGCCUCGCGGCCUCUUCCUGUCAUCUGCGAAGUCGGCAAGGUGAAGACCGCCCAGCCACAGAUACCAGAGGAGCCAGAGGAAGGUAGCGGCUUGCCCAACCCCGCCGAGCCAUGGCUCGCAGAGGAAACGCGCCCGCUGCUCAAUGGGAGGCGUUUGCUCAUUCCACGGCGGCGGGCGGUUCCCGAGGGUGGGCAAGAUGACUCGGCAAGUCGCAGUUCGAGCAGUGCUUCCAGCAGCAGGGAGGAGCCGAGGGAGGCUAACCCUGAGAAAACCAGCUCGGCUGACCCCGCGAAUGAAGGCCAUCAGCCGAACCAGAGUGCCCCAGGGCCAAGGACUCCCUCUACACAGUCCGAAGCAGCCUGGAGUCGCGGUGGUGUUUGUGUCCCUCGUGCCAUGAUGGAGCGGCACCCGCUCUUUGCAACACGCCUCUGCUACAGGUCCGAGGACUUCUUCUUUUCAUGGGCAUCCAGUGCAGAUUUUCGUGCUGAGGCAGAUGCCUUGCGGCAGUGGCGCCGAACGAUGACACUCAGCGCCGAGCGUAGCGGUGUCACUGGAGCUUCGCCCUCCACAAGUCACGCCGAGCCGGAAGAGGCUCGGCCACAUGGGUCUGGAUUUAUUGGAACGGAAAGCUCGGAGGACACUGGCAGAUCCAACCCAUCUUCGGAUGCUGAUUGA